UUAAAAGUCAAAAAUCUUUUUGCGAGCUCAAUUAUUUUGAAUAAACUUUUCUUUCCAAAAGCACCUGCCUAAUUUAGUGGGUGGUUUGAAAUAUUAUUGAAAUAUUUUUCGAAUCGACAGUUAUAACUUUUUGGGCAUAGUCAAGGUUACUUUGAAUAUUAUAAUGAACACUUUUAUGCAUGCGUAAUUUGAAAUUAGAUGUUUGACCACAUUUCUGUGAUUAUGCAAUUAGUGCAAUGAUUUAGCUCUUAUAAGAAAUAAAAAACUAUGUUACAUGAGUUUUUAUAGCUUUCCAUCAUGCUUCAAUUAGACAAAAAAUAGAACAAAUUAGUUUCAUUAAGCUCACCGGCAGAGAUCGGCUUAUCGCUUUGAAUACUGAAAUCAGCAAAGCUGUGGAUUGAGCUGAUCGUUCAGGAAAGGAGGGGUUGUACGAGCUGGGGAUUGUAGGUGGUAGCAGUUGCAAAUGAUGCACCUUUGAUAUCAGAGAGAGAUGUAAUUAAGGAGUGACCUCAGACGAAGAUGUCGGAAACGGAAAUCCAAAAAUUCUACAAGGGAUGCAAUGUGUUCAUAACGGGCGGCACUGGAUUCUUGGGGCAGAUACUGAUCGACAAGUUGUUUAGGUCAACAGAAAUCAACACUCUGUACCUGCUCAUCAGAGAGAAGAAAGGAAAGAAUGCACUCGCCAGGAUAGACGAACUGUUCGAUGAUGAGAUCUUUGAUACACUAAAAAAAGAACGUCCAAAAUUCAAGCACCAAAUCCAAAUCAUCAGCGGCGACUGCGCCUUAGCGGGCUUGGGUGUCAGCAUAAAGGAUAGGCAGACUUUGAUAUCGAACGUGAACAUCAUUUUUAAUGGUGCUGCUACAGUCAAUUUUGAUGAGAAUCUGAAAACUGCGUAUGCCAGCAAUGUAAACAGCUCCAAAGAGGUGAUUGAGAUGGCCAAACAGAUGACCAAUUUGAAGUCACUUAUUCAUGUAUCUACAGUCUUCUCCAAUUGUCCGUUAUCAGUAAUAGAUGAGAAAUUCUACGAUUUUCCUCAGUCCCAUGAAGAUAUUGGGCAGCUGCUUGAAAAACUUAGCUUUCAAGAGGCUGAUGAAAUCACACCAAGAAUCCUAGGAAAGUGGCCAAACACCUAUACAUUCACUAAAGCGAUGACAGAAUCAAUGCUGAAAGAAAUAGGAGGAGGUUUGCCACUUGGUAUAUUCAGGCCAGCAAUUGUGAUAUCGACAUACAGGGAACCGAUCCCAGGCUGGGUUAAGAAUCCGUAUGGGCCAACGGGCAUUAUGGUUUCAACUAUGAGCGGUGUGUUGCGAGUCAUGUCAGUGGACAUUGAUUGCAAGGCUGACUUGGUCCCAGUGGACACUUGCGUGGCUGGACUUCUCGCGUGUGCUUGGGACACCGGCUGCAAAAACGUCGAAAGGUAA